AUGUCGCAGGUUCAGACUCUUUGUCUAGAGGCUCAACCGACCUCAGUAGUCGUGUCUCCGAGGGAAGAUACGACUUUUUCACCGCCCCAGGAUCAUCAUCGAAAUCAAGAAGCACCGAAUGCCUCUAUCGAACGUGCACUGGGGCCAGCUCCCUCACAGCCUGUCUUUGAGGCAGCAAGGGUGGUCCAGGUCACUCAGACCCGUAGAGCGUCAAUUAUCGUAUUGCUUGUUAUGGCAAAUGUUGUCCAGAUGACCGCGAACUUUGCCGGGAUUGCCGGCGGGAGCAGUCUCAUUGAUGCUAUGGGAGCAGAGUUGGCCUAUGGCUCAUGGAUAGCUGCCAGUUACGCCCUGACUCAAGGGACAUUUGUGCUCCCAAGCGGUCGGCUGGGUGAUGUCUACGGCUAUAGACUGCUGGUGCUGGUCGGCGGCGCAUGGCUGUCUGUCUGCACGCUAGCCAGUGGCUUCUGCACUAAUAUCAUUGCCUUUCUCACAUUGAGGGCACUGUCAGGCCUGGGCGGUGCCUUUAUCAUGCCGAAUGCUGUGGCAAUGAUUUCGAGUACUGUUCCUCCAGGUCGUGCACGCAAUUUCAGCUUGGGGGUCUUCGGGGCCUCGGCGCCCAUAGGAGGCUAUCUCGGGGCACUGUUCCUCGGUGUUUUCUUGGAGAAAACGGAAUAUAAGUGGUUUUUCGUCUUCCUAGCCUGCAUGGGUUUCGUUGUCUUUCUUCCUCUUGGAAUCUUGAGCCCAUCAGACAAGCCGGUCGAUCAGAAUGGAAAAAUUGAUUAUAUUGGUUCAGCAUUGGGAACAGGUUCAUUGAUCAUCUUCAACUUCGUUUGGAAGUAUACUGCUUUCCCCAUGAUGCCUCUCGACAUAUUCAAGGCUCCUUCAUUUGCCACCCUCCUUAUAGUCGUCCUUUUCAAUUACAUGGCUGUGGGUACUCUCAUUUGGUACCAAGUUCUUUGGCUGCAAACCGUCUGGCACUGGUCUACUUUGAAGUUUGCCGUUGGCUGGACUCCAUUCGUUUUCUGCGCGGUGGCUGCCACAUGUCUUGCAGCCUGGAUGAUCCCACGCAUGGCAGCGCAGUGGAUUCUCGCAAUUGGUACCAUCACCAUACUGAUCUCCAAUGCGCUGAUGGCAACCGUGCCGCUACAUCAAUCUUAUUGGGCUCAAAUCUUUCCGUCGGUGGUGCUUUUCUCCUUUUGCCCAGAUCUGGUAUACACUGCUGGGCAGAUUAUUGCCAGCAACUCCGUUCGCCGAAACCAGCAGGGUAUCGCCGGUUCGAUUAUCGGUACGCUUAAUCUGUAUGGCAACAGUUUGGGACUGGGGUUUGCUACCACGAUAGAGGUUCAGGUUGCGCAACGUUCUGGUAGCAAGAUUGAGGGCUAUAGAGCGGCACUUUACUUUGGUGUUGCAAUUAGUGCAGUCGCUCUCGUGCUGGAUAUACUUUUUGUUCGAAGAGUGAAGGAUGAUCGUGAGGGCUGGCGCGAGGAAGACCAUGAGCUAACGGAUCAGGUCGACUUGACUCAAUAUGGUGAGACUAUGGGAGUUUAUCGACGCAAUGCAGUUGAGUCAAACCAGCAUAGUAGUGCUUGA